ACAUGGAGUGUGGGCGGCUUCUUUUGACCGUGCCGAAAGGCCGCCCACGGUUUGUUUUUGUUUUUCAAUUCGCCGGCAAAUCUUGUUGAAAGCAGACGUGUAUAAUUUUGUGGUUCUCUAUCUUCAAUAAAUUGUCCGAAAAUGUAUCCUACGAAGAGUACGUGCGAUUACAUGACUGAAAUAAACCGUUUAUUCCCUCGACCGACUGAAAAUGUUCCAGAUCAUUACCGGUCUCCAAGUGCACUGCCAAACAUGACAAUAAGUUCACCAUUCAGACAAUCUACACCAGUGAACCGUUCAUCAAGCUCAGCAGACUCUCUAUCUCCAGACUCCUUCCCAGACCUGUCUCACCGCUCAGAUUUGGACAGACAAUCCUUUGAGACCCCAUUUGUAGUCAGACGUCAACGUCCGAUCAUAGGACGAAGGAUUUUUGACAAUACAGAGCCACCUACACUUGCACCACCUACUUUAAAACCUCUUGAACAUGAUAUUGAGUUCCCUAAUUCAAUUUGGCAGCCAGAUGAACACAAUUUAUUCCCACCUACACCUCCAAGCAUCAAAAUUGAACAAAAGAACUACACACAGAACAUAUUCUAUGAAUUGUUCCCCACUGAAAAGAAAGGAUUUGAAUUCAAGCCUCCGGUCAAACUAUCUCCGGUAUCAAACUACACUCCAUCACCAAAUUAUUCACCGACCACACCAACUACAAAAUUGCCACCAAGAAUGCCAACUUCACCGUUCAGGGUGCCAAGCAGACCGAACUAUGGCCCAAGUUCUUCAAGACAUCAGGAUUCGAAGUCGGAUAAAAUGUGCACAUUUUGUAGGAAGAAUGGAGAAACUCCGAUAGUGUAUAUGACCCAUUGUGUGAGGGAGAAUGUUGGCAACCAGAGCAUUGUGACCUGUCCUAUUUUGAGGUCACAUGUCUGUUCCACAUGUGGAGCUUCUGGCGAUAAUGCUCAUACUAUCACAUACUGCCCGGUACUCCGUAGCAGCAACAAUGGCAGACCGCUGCAGUCCACCACCAUCACACUGAAAAACACCAGGAUAAAAAGCAAUGGUAGGAGACGGUUUUAAUUAUAUUUUCUU